AUGGAUGUGGGUAGAAGGAGAUCAGAUGCAGCAGGAGUACUCAGAACUGGGAACAGUGUGGUUGCAGGGUCAGUGUGGGAGAGCAGGAUGAAGCUUGAUGAAGUCAGAGGUGGAAUUAAGGUCUUCAAUGGUGAUCAGGAGAAUUCUGAGGAGAGUAGUAGUAAUGGUGUUGCUGCAACAACGUUAACUCCUCGCGCAAAGCUGAAGAGAGAUCAGUCUCUCAACAAUGGCAAGAGAAAGACAUGGAAUUCUGGUACAGGCAAAUCUGAGUUGAAGAGUCCUGAUGAGAAGUGUAAAGAGUUGAGUGUUUCUGUUGAUGGGAUCAAGAACAGUCCGACUCAGGUGAGGUCUGUGAGGAGGAUUAGAUCUGAGGGAAGCAAGGAGAGUCAAAAUGGUGUUGCUUCAAGCCCUGUUGGGAGUAGGAAGACAAAGAUUGAAUCGGUGAGAAGUGUCUGUGAUUUGGGUAAGGAUGAGGGAACUGAGAAGAAUUUGGGUCAGUUGAGGAAGGUGAAAUCAGAGUCAAUAAAGGGGAGUGAUUCUUCUAGCAAUGCAAUUCAGUUGAGGAAGGUGAAAUCAGAGUCGAAUAAGGCCUCCCCAGAUGAAUUAGAUGAGGGAGUUGAGAAUUGUGUUGAGGUGAUUGAGAAAAUCCCAGUUGAGGAGGAGAUUGGAGAGUGUGAAUCUGAUGAGAAUUGCAAGGAGUUUGGUGUGUGCAAAGAAAUGGUGAUCCCAAGCAAUGUGGAUGUGGUGAAAUCUGAUUCAGCAGAAUUGGUGAAUGAUGUUGCGGAUCAUGAUGAAGAUGGUGAUGAAGAUGAAGAAGAUGAAUUGGAGGAAGAGGUGGAUGAGGAAAUUGAGGUUGAAGUUGAAAAGAUAAGCGUUGAUGUCAAGGAAAUCAAUGCACCAGUACUAGAGAAACCACCAGUUGAAGAAAAAGCUCCAGUUCAAGAGAGAGCACCAGUUCAAGAAAAAGCUCCAGUUCAAGAGAGAGCACCGGUUCAAGAGAAAUUGAGGAAGGUUGUGAAUGAAGUGAAGGUAGUGAAUGAAGUUAAGAAGUUCCAAUUAUUUGACCGCAGAUCAAGAAAUCAAGAAGUGAAAAAGAUUCAACAUGUUCAUCAAAAGGCAGAAACCAUCUCCGUUGAUCUGAAAAAACAGUCUCCUGUUAUGAGACGUGCAGCAGUCUACUCAUAUGUCCCUAAACAUACAUCAUAUGCAGCUUCAAAUGAUCAGUACCAUAGCUUCCCAGAAACACAUAGCAAAUUGCAAAGUUUAGUGGAUUUAGUAAUGUGGAAAGAUGUAUCAAGAUCAGUUUUUAUAUUUGGAAUUGGAACAUUUGUGAUACUAUCAUCCUCCUACAUGAAGGAUCUAAAUAUCAGCUUCAUUUCUGUGAUAUCAUAUAUGAGCCUUGUUUAUCUGGCUGUCAAAUUCCUCUUCAGGUCCAUAAUCUGCAGGGGAGCUUAUGAAAUAGAUAAUGCAACCACUGUGGUGGGUGAAGAAGAAGCAAUUUGGUUUCUCAAACUGGUCCUGCCUUACUUGAAUGAGUUCCUGCUCAAGUUUAAAGCUUUGUUUUCUGGUGACCCUGCCACCACUAUUAAGUUAGCAGUGCUGCUCUUUGUUUUGGCCAGGUGUGGCAGCUCCAUAACCAUUUGGACAAUGGCCAAAGUAGGCUUUUUCGGAGUUUUUACCGUACCGAAAGUCUGCUCUUUGUAUUCUACCCAAAUAACAAUCUACGCUAAAUUUUGGGUUCGACGGUUUCGGGAUGCUUGGGACUCCUGCACCCACAAGAGAGCAGUGACCAUUGCAAUAUUUCUACUAGUAUGGAACUUAUCUUCAGUCGGAGCGCGAAUUUGGGCAGCGUUCAUAUUGGUGGUGGCGUUCCGAUACUAUCAGCAGAAGUUGGUGGCGGAGGAGUGGGUGGAAGAUGAUGUAGCAGCAGAAGAAGGAGCUGAAGAAACUUGGCAAGGAGAAGAAAGAGCCACUCCAGUUGAUAUUCAUAUCACUAAACAAAAGAAAGGAUUCUAGAAGUAUAUACCCAUAUAUCAUAUGAAAUAAUCUGCUCAUUUGCCUCUUCUUUUUUGGGUCCCUUGAUCUAAUGUAAAUAUUGGGGACGUUGUUGAUUCUGUCAUACUAACAAGUCUUAGGACGAAAUUGUGAGUUUGUGAACAAUAAUACUUCACAUUACAUAUGUACCUUUACCUUUUACAAAUAUGAAUGAAAAUGGCAGUUGGUUGA